UUGGAAGAAGGACACUUCCGAGUUGAUUUGAACGCGGCAUAAGAACGGCGUCGCUGUAUCUCUCUAAUGUCAUCAUCUCUUUGUGGCAAGCUAUGGACACUGAAAAGAGCUCCAAUAUGGUGAAGGAGUUUGAGAGUGUGGAGCUGGGAGACAUGGGGAUGAAGAAGCAGAAGGUGCCCCGUAGAACGAUUUACUUUGCCAGUGGCGAGACCAUGGCGGAAUACAGCACAGAUGAAGAUGAGGAAGUGCAAGUUUCUAUCGCUGUUAAGACCUCAGCUGACCCGUCCAAGUUGAAUUGGGGUCCAUACUUUUGGUUUCACAUUUGGAGAGUGGCAACCUCCACUAUUUCAGUUUGUGACUAUCUUGGGGAGAGAAUGGCCUCAUUGUUCGGAAUUACCUCACCCAAGUACCAGUAUGCUAUUGACGAGUACUACAGAAUGAAAAAGGAGGAGGAUGAGGAGGAGGAGGAGAACCGGCUGUCUGAGGAGGCAGAACGUCGUUUUGAGGAGGAGCACAACCAGGAGAUCCAGCAGCCAGCCAUGGAGCAGCCGGAGGGCAAAGCCUCCUUCGUCAGCUUCGAGCUGGAUCAAGAUCUCACACCUGAUGCCAACAGAUGUCCUGCCCCCAUCCCCACCUAACAGUUCAAUUAAAUAGGUGUUUCCAUUUUUCUCAUUUCCCGAUGUUGCCUGCUCAGCCUUUUUUUUUUGCUACAGCAUAGAAUUCUUAUUUUUAUCAUAUUGAUUUAAUGAUGUAUCCUCAACAUUUUUUCAAUGUACUUUUCUUAUUUUUGCCUAAAUGAUUAUGUUCUAUGUAAGUCACGGAUUAAAAAAAAAAUAUAUAUAUACAUUUUUUAGUUGCUGCGUUGUAAAUAUGCAUGAACUUUUGUGUGCAAUGAACAUUGCUGUGCUGUGUGUCAGUGACAAUGAAUGAGCACACGGAUGAUAUCUGAUGCUGAUUUUAACUAUUUGCAGGUUAAAUCAAAGACCUUAAGAAAGGUCUUUGAUUUAUUUUUUCAGGUACAUAUUGUUACAUAAUAAGUUAGCAGCUAUUUUCAACCAGUUAGCGGCGAUAUAAGUUACCUUUUUCUAAAACCAUUCCAGAUGUGCACAAUGUUAUAGGAAUAGUAAAGAUUUAUUUGAAUGGAAAAUUAUUUAUAUUAAUGGCCAACCAUGAAAAUCUAUUUUCAUUUCAGAAUGCCCACAAUUAUGUUACUGUGUUACUAUGAGAAGUUAUGCACAGUGCUUUUCAGAGUCCAUCAAUUUAAUGUUGUGAUCUGUCCCCAGGCCUUUAAUGUAAUAACUUUACACGUUGCUCAUUGGCAUCUGUGCGAAGACUUUAGACAUUACUGUUGUCCAGGGCCGUAUAUUAGAAAUACAGUGAGCUCCAAAAGUAUUGGGACAGUGAUUAUUUGUUGUUUUGGCUCUGUACUCCAGCACUUGGAAAUUGAAAUUAUACAAUGACUGACUUUUUGUACAUGGUCCCCUAAAAUGGGGGAACUAAAAGUAUUGGAACAAAUUCACCAAUGUAUUUGGUCCGAUAUUCCUAACACAAAUUGGGCACAAAAUAAUCUGAAACACAAACAAAACAGCAAAUGACUCCAACGAGUUUGUAGAGUCAUACGCUUGAUGUAAUCAUUGUGUGCUAAGAAUAUGGGACCAAAUAAACUUUUGACAACUUUGAAUCACAAGUGAAUUUGUCACAAUACUUUUGGGCCCCUAAAAUGGGGGGGAGAACAUGUACAAAAAGUGCUGUCAUUUCUAAACGGCUCAUAUGGAUGAAAAUACCUUCAAAUUAAAGCUGACAGUCUGCAUCGAAAGUGCUGUAGUACAUAGCCAAAACAAAACAUGUGUCACUGUCCCUAUCCUUUUGGAGCGCACUGUAUCUCUGCUAGAGCUGAGCUUAUCUGCUAUUGUCCCUUCUCAGUGUACAGGGCUUGAGAGGGAUGCCUAAGGUAAAGUCAAACAUGAUAAAUUAAUGUUAAAAUCUGCUACUCUCUUUUGGAAUGCAGUAUUGUCAAGAUAACUACUUUUUACCGUGUAUAAGAUUGCCCAAAGAGUUUGAAAUGCCAAGAGACACUUUAUUAAGACAGAUGUUAAACAAUUUAUUUUCCCACCCUACUGUACUAUGUACACACAAGGAAAGAAAAUCUUAGAGUCCAACAUACUGAAGAAAACAAAUAUUUUCUAAUUUAUUAAUGUAAACCGGUUUCAUUUGAAAGCUUUUUAUAAUAAUUUGUGUAAAAUACAUAGUAUUUUCUUUUUCUAUAUGAACUGUACAUUAAUAAACAUUUAA